AUGUCUGAUAAAGCUAGUAUUAUUACUCUCAACUGUCUCAUCUCCGGCGAGGAAGCAAACGAUGUCUUUGGAAUAAAAAUAUCUUGCGAAGGAGUAUCAAACUCAAAUGAUAAUCGAGUUUCUAUUCUUGCAGAUAAAAUCAGAAACUGUCGUCUAGAUCUAUUUAAAGAUACUGAUUCGAGCAAGCUAAUUUUAUAUAUGAAUAAGGCUGAAGCUGAUAGUGUCGUAAUUCUCGGCUUAAAAAAUGAUAAAGGGGCUAUAUUGAAUGGUACGGAAUUGAUGAAGCAUGAAAACACCAUUUUAAGUUAUUUUAAUGGUCAACCCUCUCCUAAAUAUCAAGGCGAAAAGGGGUCAAUAUUAUCGCCGACUUCUGUCAAUAAUUUAUUUCAUAAAUAA